UUGUUUUUUAAAGAUUUAUUUUAUCUUCAAUUUGAAGUCUAACGCCGACAUAAUGAACGAAUGUUUAUAAUUGGUGGACAAUGUUUGUAGAUGAUAGGUGCAAGACAUUUUCUUCCACAAAAAGUAUAAGAUGAAGAUAGUGAGCUUUUUAAAUGACUGCUUGUCUUCCAUGUACAAUGAACUUUAUAGGAGAUGGCCGAUCAGCUUUCUGGCAUUUCCAUUAUCAUAUGUAUUGCCUUUGGUUUUCUGACUUUUGUCCUGUUAUUCAUUUUUGCAAAAAGGCAGAUAGCACGAUUCUCCCUCAAAUCCAGGAGGGGGCCGCAUGUUCCAGUUGGUAAUGAUGCUCCUAAGCCUUUGAGACUUGAGAUUGAACGGAGGCUUGAUUGUAUCAAGAACAUACAUUCAUUCUACAGACCUAAACUUCUCAACAAAGAUGAAGAAUCAUUUUUUUUGUAUCCAAACUGUGUUGAAACAAUAACCACACCUCAUCUGUACAGGAUGCAUGCUCUAGAAAGUUUUUCUGCUUUAGAAACUGACCUUUUUCUGUCUGAUCCAUCCAAGUAUUAUCCUUCAGGGCAGGAUGUGCGCGUGUUUCUUCUUCGAUCAUCAGCCUUAGGACUCAUAGUUGGAUGUGAAGCAGUAGCUCUUCAUCAGUUGGCAGACUUGUAUCAGUGUGCGAGACAUGAACUAGUGGAAUUUGGACCAGAAAAGUACAAACAGUUUAUGGAUUUGUUAUCAUUUGUGAGACAGCAUGUAAACCUUCCUUCACACAAAUCUCCUCAUCAUAGCAGCAAGAGACAUUCUGAGUCUUCUGGUUCUUCCUCAUCCAAAACCAAAGAAAACGAACACCCAGUGCUCAAUGGGAAGCCUACCCCAAUACUUCGGAGGCCUACCUCAUUAAGCUUCAAGUCAGAAACUGGAGAAAAAUCAGUAACUUUUGAGACUUCUGUUUGACUCUAUAACAAUAGAAAAAACUGCAGUAUAGAUGUGAGUGUGUGUGUCUUUCAAAUUCUUCGUCAUUGAAAAUUGUGUUUUUUGAAUAAAAAGUUUGGUUUAAUUCUAUAUCUGUAAUAGAUAUUGGGGAACAACGUUCUAAGACAUCUAUGAAUGAUCAGUAUGUGUAAUGUCAACAACUCACACUAAUUUGCAGUGAAAUUGCUUCAUUAUUACAACUUCUGUUAGAACUUAUGAAGAAUGCUUACUCUUAGGACCAAAUUUCUGAAGACAGUUUUUUUAUUUUGAAGAUGGAAAAAAACACACGCACUGAGCCAUACUAUAACAGUGGAAGUGGUAAUAACUUUGAAUUUAAAAAAAAAGCAGUUACCGUAAGAAUUUCAACUUUAUUAUUUCUCAGUCUCUGCUAUUUUAGAAACUACAAGGCUCAUAGUUGUUUGCCAUGUUUCAAGGUAGAUAACAAGUAAUAAUAUAAUUUUAUUUUUGUGUAUGUAAAAAUUACUUGCAAAGUAAUUUUAUAGUAGACUUUGGAAUAAACUUGCAACAAAAUUAGAACAUGAAAAAACUAUUAAUAUAAAAUUAACAGUGGUAAAGCAUUUGACCAGCAAUAUUGUAAAAUUAAUAUAGUAUAGAAGAUAUCUCAUUAUGUCAUUAGAUUUGAAACAUGAAGCUUCUAGUGAAAAUUAAUAUUGAACAUCUGAAUUUAUUUUAAAGGUCUUAUAUUAGAAUUUGGUGUUCUUAAUUCAGAUUUGAUAAAUGAUGGAAGUAAACCAAUUUUAAACAUUGGCCAACUUCAUGAAAACUGGCAUUAUAAAAAAAAUUCAAUAUCAAGUAAUGAAACCUACAUAACUUGAAUAAAUUAAUAUUAAUUUGAACAGUUAGUGAUAUAUAAUUUGGUAUUAUCUUGUAAAGAUUUUACUUGAAAACCGAUACCAAUUUACACAAGAAUUUGUUAAAAUGACCAAAUAGAGUAAACAAUGACCAUCCUAAAAAUGGUUGUCAAGUUUAAUUGUGAGUGAUAAAUGAAAUAAUUUGAAAAUUCAAUACAGUUUUGUGUAUUGUAUCACAUUGUGCUGUGUCUUAUUAUCAAAUUGUAGAUCCACAGAUCUUAAUAGAAUUGAAAAUAUGCCUAAACCUUUCAUGCAUGGAAAUGCUUGUAACUUUGUGUUCUUAGCCAUUUAUAGAAUAAAUACAUUUAAUAUGUAUGUCUGACAUUCUUCUGUAUUAAGAUAUAUGUAUCUUCUACUCUACUAGGCAGCUUAUUGUCUUUGCUUAUUAUGAGUUUAAGUUAGAUAUGUGACUCCAUGCUAAGGCUUCUGAAUAUAGUGAUGUUUCCCCAAAGAUUUACUACUGUGGUAAUCUGUUGGUUGUUUUUUCUCUUGUCAUUUGGCCCCAUUUCCGUACAGUUCAAUACACUUGAAAUCCUUCUGUGUAACCAGUGUGAUAUACAGUAUUCUUUAUGGUCUUCCCUUCUCCAGUAUUUAUCCAUCAUUGUCAUCUUCAUACUGGAUCAUUAUCUUAUAGGGGCUUUGCUUUGAUUUCCUGUAAUCUCAUUUCUUCCUCUUAUCUAGUGCAGUCUUAUAGUUGGGUAGACUUUUCUAGAGACUCUUUUCACCUUUCUCUCUGUUUCAUUGGUGUUGAACUCUUGUGGAAGAAGAAGAAACAUGACUGAGAUCAGCUUAUCCAAGAUAUUAAAAACUAACCAAUACCUAAUUAAAGUGUUAAUACAAGGAAAUAAAAUCAUCUCUUGUAAAUAUGUACAGAACUAUGAACGAUUAAUUAAGCUUUGAACAAGGUGUUAUUGUUGGUACUUGAUUGGUGGUCCAGCUGGUUGACAACUCAAAGGCCACUGUGUCCCAACUUUACACUGAAUGAUAAUCAGAUAUAACAAAUUUGACUAAUAAGGGAAACUGUGGUCAUAAGAGAAAACUUUGAAAGAGAGAUAGCAGGCAAGUAUAGAGGAUUGUUUGGAAACAUCUAUCUGUGCACAAAUUGACGAAUAACUUUAAUAAUAGUUUAGGAACAUUCAUUUUCACUAGAAAAAUGUAUAGGGAGCUGCAUAAAACUAAUUUUGAAAAUGUGCCACUUAUGUAAACCAUAUUUCUAAGCCAAAAGUCAAAAGAAAUGUUUCCAAUGGUGCCUAAAUCAUUAGGAUUAUACUAUUACCCAGUGGAAAUAUAUAAUAUGGUUAGAUCCAUAAUGUUUCACAUAAUUCUGCAGUGAUGGUAGGAUCAGAAUGUGGUGAUAAUCUGUUGAAGUCAUAGACCCAUCUUCCAUAAUCUCCACUGUACAAAGUUUUUGAGGUGAUAUAAUGGGCUAGGUCCACUGGUUUCUCUGAAUAGCCGUAUAUCUGUAUGUGAAUACUUAACUACUCUAUCUGACCAAGUGCACUUGACAGUUCUCUUCAUUUAACCUGAUGGAGCUGGUUAUUUCCAAAAUAAUAAUACUAUCAACAAUAGAGCUAAAAUUGUUUGUGAUUGAUUCACUAAGCAUGAUAUAGAUUUCUAAAAUUCAUCAUAGUCUGCACAGUCCCUCAAUCUUAAUCCUUUUGAGAGUGUCUGGGAUGUUUUAGAGCAUUCUAUUAGAAGGCAUAGUCCAUUACUGUCAACUCUACCUUGAUCAUAGAUAAUAAUGAUGUAUGAAUGGUCAAAGGUUGAAGCUCAUAUUUUGGCUAGUAAGUAUACAUUUUUUUAUGCUUUGUUUUAAGCAUAGUGGUAUAAAUAGGUUUUGCUCAAACACCUCCAGUGCAGGCUCACAUUGCAGACAGCACUUUGGUUUAGUCCAUCUGUAUGUAUAUAUGCAGAAUGUGUCUGAGUAUGUGGCCAAAGAAGUGUAUAAUGUUCUGGCAUUGCAUUGUAUAUUAUUACAUUAAAAUAAUAGUAUUUUAUAAACAAAUAGUCAGGUUACCCAUUCUACAAAUGAAGAGCAUUCAAUCUUACAGACUAAAUGAUAAAUUGAAUAGUGUAAUAACAUGUGAAUCCAUCAGUUCAUUGAUUAUUUGUUCAUCCUCUUCACACUUUGCACCACGCCUGAUGCAAUAAACUAGUUUUAUGUGCUUCAGUUCCUGCAUAGUUCGAGAAUUUAUCAUUGGUCACUCAGGUCUGAUAUUGAGGCUGAAAACUUUAGAAAUGGGAAACUAAACUUAAAAUGUGGGCAAAGUUUACUGAAUAAUUCAUUUACUAAUAGUUGCCUGUUAUGCCCUCCCAUGCCCAGACCUUGCAGCUUUGCAAAGCUGUAAUGUUAAAAUAUUAUAUUAGUUUUUGUUGUUGUUGGAAAAUUGAGUUCAAUAGUAGGAUUGAUAAUGAAAUACAUAAAAAAAAUCUGAUGUUAGAUAUAUCCUAAUAAGUGGGAUUACAUGCUUGAUGUCUUUUACUUGCUGCUUUUGACCUGUUGUUUUUACUAUUUUUGUUCUGUAAAUCCAUCUAUAAAGAGCAUUUCUGGGAUAAGUUCAAUUAGUCGAUUAACACUUUAUCCCCAACAGUCUUUGCUUUCUUAAUUGGCCAGGUGGUUAGGGUGCUUGACUUGCAAUCUUAGGGUUGUGGGUUCGAAUCCUUGUCCCACCAAACAUGCUCGCCCUUUCAGCUGUGGA